AUGUCGAACCCUUCCCAAUCCGAUGUCGAGGCCGGAAAUGGCUACAAGUUCUCGCACGAAGGAGGCGCUAACCUUGGUAACCGUGAGUCCCAUGUCACCACCGCCGCUUGGUUCUGCGUGGGACGUGGGAGCGUGCAGCUGUACCCUGCAUCCACCAUGACACUCGCUUCAUGCUAGUUCAUGCUAGCUCCGCUUUGGAACCGAAACGAUCGGGAGCAAAGUCCGCCAAGUUCUUGCUGGAGUGCUGACGUCGUUUGCUCGCUUCCCCCACCCCUCCGGCCCGCGCUCCCAUUGGCCGGCCCAUUCAUUUGGUACUCCUCGUGACCUCGCGCGCCUGCUCACCUGCCCCCUCCCUGGCCCGGCAUCGCCCUUCGCUCUGGCCUUGACGCUCCUUUCGUCACGUGCAUCUAUCCCCGCGUGUCUCGCCAUGUCUUAGGCAACAUCACUCCGGGAGGUCACCCUCUCGAUCAGACUCAGCCCGCGUUCCCUGUCUAGUGAGUGUCAUCCGGCCUUGGCCUGCUUGAGAGGGGUCUCAAACAACGGAGCUGAAUGUUCUUCAUCAUGUACUCCGCAGCCACCGCAAAUUUGCCAACCCUGGUAAGCUCUUAUCCCAUCACGAAGUCGUAUCCGAUGGCGAAGCUCAAGCCCUACGUCGAUGAUCGUCGAACGCGAGGGCGUUGUCGCUUUGCACCCGCUGGCUCUCAAGGCCCGGGCAAAAUAUCAACGUAAAGGGCUUGACUAACUCGCCUUCGAAUUUGGUCCGGCACAUAGCUCCUCUUGGAUUGUGCGGCUUCGCUCUCACCACCUUCAUGCUGUCCUUGAUCAACGGUAAGAAAUUUUCCCUAUCCCUUCCGAGGUCCUGGCUUGCACUGUGUCUCUGCGUCGCAGAUUGGCUCUCCUCCCGAGGGCUAGUGCAGUGCAGUGCUUUACACUGCAACGCUGACCUGGUCUAUUUUGGCCCUACCUUUAGUUGGUGCCCGUGGUGUCGCCGCGCCUAAUGUCGUUGUCGGCCCCGCUCUCUUCUACGGUGGUCUCGCGCAACUCCUUGCCGGCAUGUGGGAAUUUGCCGUCGGUAACACUUUCGGUGCCACGGCCUUCUCUUCUUACGGAGCGUAAGCGCGCUUCUCUUGGCAACCUGUCAUGAUAAAAAAAAUCUCAACUGAUCGGUUUCCCUAUGGUUUCACCUGCUCAGUUUCUGGCUCUCAUACGCUUUCAUCGUCUCGCCUUGGUCCUCGAUCGCGUCGUCGUACAAGGUCGAGGCCGACUUUGGUUCCGGUGUUGCCUUCUUCCUUUGGGGCUGGUUCAUCUUCACCUUCAUCAGUCAGUUUGUUGAUAUCUUCACUUGUCAAAAAUUGGCCCAUCACUGAUCAUGGUUCUCCGAUACCAUCUACAGUGUUCAUCGCCUCGCUUCGUUCGUCUGUGGCCCUUACCGGCGUCUUCUUCUUCUUAACGAGUGAGCUGUUCAUCGAGCUACGACAGAGCCAUGAAAAGCCUUUGACCCAUCUUGAUACCCUCUCCUGUGUAGUCACUUUCCUUCUUCUCAGUGUUGCUGAACUCGGUGUCGCGCACGCGGCCACGAUCAAGAUUGCGGGUGGUGCCUUCGGUCUGAUCACGGCUUUCGUGAGUUGGCUCUCCAAGCCAAGCCAAGGCGUUCUUGGCAUGAAAAUGUAGCUGACCACUGGUGCUUGGCUCCCCGUCCAUAGAAUGCCUGGUACGUCGCUGCGGCCAAUUUGUUGACGCCCGACACGUCCUUUUUUGUCCUCCCCACUGGCCCCCUCGGCAAGCGGGACUAG